AUGAGGAAUGAAGAUGGCGUUACCGUCGGCAGCACGACGAGCUCUUUCGCCAUUUCGAUGACCGAGUCGGCGUUCAUGGCCAUCGCAUUCUAUAAUGUGAUCGAACUCCACUUCAACCUAUUUUUCACGUUUAAGAGGUGGAAGGGCCUUUACUUCUGGGCCGUUCUUACUACGAUGUGGGGGGUUGCUAUAAAUGGAUUAGGGGUUGUCCUCGAGACCUUCGUGCUUUCGGACGACAGCCUACCUCAUGUCAUGCCCAUCGUCACGGCGCUCCUCGUGGGAUGGGUCAUGAUGGUCACCGGACAGUCGGUUGUUCUUUAUUCUCGAAUUCAUCUGGUGGCUAGCAAUCAGAGACUGGUUCGAGGGGUCCUUUGCAUGAUCAUUUUCACGGUGGUUACCCUUCAUAUCCCCGUCUCGAUCGUGGUCUACGUGAUGAAAGCCUCACCCGGGGGGGUGAUUGCGAAAAUAUAUGACGUCUACGAACCAGUCCAACUCACCAUUUUCACCGCUCAAGAGGUCAUAAUUUCGGGAAUAUACAUCUACUCUACCAUCGAGAUACUUCGUCCCAUCCUCCAACAAUUUGGUGGACAGAGGGCCAAGAAUACCUUUCAGCGCCUCAUCUACAUCAAUCUGUUUAUUAUAAUGCUGGACAUCACUCUUAUCAGCCUCCAGUACGCCGGCUACGACGAACUGCAGCAUUUUUACAAAACUCUCGUGUACAGCCUCAAGCUGAAGCUGGAAUUUGUGAUUUUGAACCAGCUAGUCGAAGUCACAAAACGCAACAGGAUAAAUGGCCCCGACACUACGAUUCCCUCCGGCUCGGCUACGAAAUAUAUGGGCAGGUUUGGGGACAGCACCACCAAACGGACUGCCGAAGGCUCUGAUAAUGGUUAUAGUGUAUUCGUGGGGUCGAACAACAUCGCGCUGGAGGACGCGGACAGCGCUCGCAUUCUGAAAACGACAAGGACGGUCGUUGAACAUAAGGAAUCACCAACGUCUGACUAUGCUACGAAAGAGAGAAAGGUUACGGAAGCCCGAUUGUCACAGUCAUCCUCGCAAGUACAACUUGCGGAGGGAGGAUUCGAGUAG